CAAUUGACCGACGCGAGUCCUCAACAGCCCCUCUCUCCCCGGGCAACAAGUCGCUUUGCCUUAGUCAGAAAACAAACUCCAAGCCGCCAACACCUGCAAUGCUUGUCAUCUACACCACCGAGUCUGCAAUCACCAACCUCCUCCUCCCCGCCCCGGGCCAAAAAUAGCAGCCCACGAGGUGUUGGUCACCUCGCUACGCUUGUUGUCUUGCCUCUUUUUUUCUCUUCUAGCGGUUCUUGGUACCGUGCCCUGCCAAUCUUUCAGAAUACUCUUCCCAUAACCCGUCGUAUAUUCCCGUUGUCCCUCACUUAGUGAAUAUAGCUGGUCCAAUCCUUCAGUCGCAAAGAUGCCGCCGAGUCCCCCAAGAGAUCCUGUCGCCCAUCCGGCGCACAACUUGUCGCAAGCCAAAACCACAGAGUUGCUCCCACCACCGUCUCCGCGUACCCAUCGCCUUCGCAAACUGCAAUCCGCACAUAAUCUUGGCUCCAAGGCGGCUCUUCAGCUUCAACCCCUUCAUCAACCCUCUUUGAUCUCGCAGCAACGCUUGACGCAAAUCACGCAACGAAAUAUCUCUCCUACGCGACGCGACCCGAGCUCUUCUUCCAACGUGGCGCGACACACUCGAGGACGAUCCAAUAGCGAUGCGCCGGCGCCCGUUAUCCAUCAUAUAAAUGCGCUGGCUACGGGCAAGCGCAGCAUGAUGGGCAUCAGCCCCAAGUACGCGACCAUGUCUCUCCAACAACUUAUUAAAGAGGGCCCACCCGAAGGAGAGACAAUUGAGGCUUUAGGCAUGGCUCGUCGCAAAAUCUUGAGCGAGGGCAUAAAGAGUGAUAGCGACGGCAUGUCAACCUUACGUAUAUACGUCUGGCUCAUCCUGCUCGAUACCCCCGUUCUCCCGACCGAUGACUACUUGGGCCUGAUUCACCGCGGAGCCUCCCCAGCCUACUCCAAGAUUCGCAACGAUACCUUUCGAACCCUAACGACUGAUCCUUUGUUCAGGCGACGUGUGAGCGAGGCCAGCCUGAUUCGCCUCCUCAACGCCGUAGCCUGGCGCCUACACGAUGCGCGGGAGGAGCAGCGCAGGGAGCGACCCAGCACUGGAAGAAGCUCCAUAUCGCAGGACAGCUCGACAUCGACGUCGACAGCCACAGCCUACUCGCAAGAUCCCGCCUUUUCGCCUGGUGCCAGAAACCGUGCCAGGGCCCUCACCUUGACCACAGAAGGCUCCGAAUCCAGCCAUGCUGCGGAGCCCGGAACAUACGUGCAAGGAAUGAACGUGCUGGCCGCGCCUUUCCUUUACGCAGCAAGGAGCGAAUCCGAGGCCUUCAUCGCGUUCUACACACUUCUGACGCGCGAAUGCCCCGGCUACAUCCGCGGCGCUAUGGACGGCGUACACAAGGGUCUGGCGCUGGUUGAUAAGGUCCUUGCCACGGUCGACUCGAAGCUAAGCGGCUACUUGCACUCCAAAGGUCUCACGGCUGAGAUCUACGCUUUCCCCUCGGUUCUGACGCUAUGUGCCUGUACGCCUCCGCUUCCCGAAGUCCUCAGAUUGUGGGACUUUCUCUUCGCCUACGGGCCCCAUCUGAAUAUUCUCUGUAUUGUAGCCCAGUUGAUGGGCAUGCGGGAUCAGCUCAUGAGCUCUCCAAGCCCUAAUAAGCUGCUGCGUUCAUUCCCUUCGCUGCAAGCCGAUAAAGUAAUUGAACGUACACUGUGGAUCAUAGAAAGAAUCCCAGACGACACCUACGUGGCUAUAGUUGCGCACGCCCACUGAAUGCAUGGAUAUUAUGAAUAAUGGUAGACAAGAAGAGCACGAAGAGCACCGCCUCACGAGGAGGUGGCGAGAACUCAACAAAAGGAAGGGGCGAUGUCUGAUGAAUGUUUGAACGUUGAAUGACGUGUACCUGUACGAUGAGAAGACUUUUAACGACUUGACGAUUGAAACAAAAACAUGGGAAACGAGAUGGGAACUUCAUGAUAGAGCGCCAUAGGGGGUGGUAAACGGUCAAGGAUGGCAUAGCUCCAUGAGAUAUACCGGGGAAAGAACAGUACACUUGCAUUGGGUGGGAAAAUUAAUUGAUA